UUACAUCACUGAAAGUAAGCAAGCAUCAAACGGGUUAUGUUGUCAUAUCGAUUUUCCUUUUCUGGAAGGGAAAGUUAAAUGAAUGUCAGAUGUGCGAGAAUGUUUCAUCAAAAGUGUCGGCAGGGUUUAUAUCCGUCCAGUAACGUAAAGAGAUUUACAGUACCAGAGGAAAGAGUACCAUGGAUCGUCGAUUAUCCCGAAUACAAACCAGCCAUGUAUACCGCUACUGUUGUGAAAGGUAAACCCUGGGCCGAUCCAGAAAUUAACGAACCUACCUUCAAACCAAAAUGGAAUACAGUGGAUGGUAAAGUGAAUCGAAAAAGUUUUACGGGUGAUUAUAUCGUGGAUGCAAAUGGUUAUCCCUUAAAUCCUGUGGGACGAACUGGUAUCAUUGGACAAGGACUUCUUGGUCGAUGGGGACCAAAUCAUGCUGCUGAUCCUAUUGUCACACGAUGGAAACGCGAUACUACGGGAACUGUGGAAAUAGACAAACACACGGGAAAACCUGUGUUGCAGUUUGUUGCGAUACAGAGGCGGGAUUCUGGAGAAUGGGCCAUACCAGGAGGUAUGGUUGACGCAAAUGAGAUGGUUUCUACCACUUUAAUGAGAGAGUUCAUGGAGGAAGCUCUGAACUUUUUGGAAAUGGAUAAUGUCGAAAGAAAGAGUCUUCAAAAUUCUAUCACAGAGUUCUUCACAAAAGGUGAUGAGAUUUAUAAGGGAUAUGUGGAUGAUCCGCGAAAUACAGAUAAUGCUUGGAUGGAGACAGUAGCUAUUAAUUUUCACGACGAGGACAAUAACAUCGUUGGGAAGCUUGCGCUAAAGGCUGGAGACGAUGCGUGUAAUGUGAGAUGGAUGGAUAUAAAUAAAGAAAUAAACUUGUAUGCCAAUCAUAGUGAAUUUAUAAAAAAAACCAUGUUGCACCGCAAUGCGCACUGGUGAAGUGUAAUCUACAAUCGCCAGAUUCUUAUCUAUGUGAAGGAUAUUAAAGAAAACUGUAUAAUUAAAAAAAAUAUUUUUGUAUUAUAUGUACUACAUCCGUACAUACACUUUUUUCAUUGUGCAGGGCAAGCACAAACACAAAUCACUAAACAUCACUAUGGUUUGUAUCAAACUAUGCUAUAAAAUCUUAAGCCUAUUACAUGUCUUCAAAAAUAAAAUGAGAUUUUUCAAAACCGAUGAAA